GACUCCCUGAACAUCUUGUUGAGUUUAUACAGUAGCUCUGAGGUUGGCCUUGGUAUGUUAAAAAUAAGGUCAGUUCACAAAUGAAGAAGCUUAAAACCGUAUCACUUGUAUCAGUAGUGCUUCAGAACUACAUUUAAACAAAGACGUGGCCAUAGUUGCACAGAUAAUAUCAUACAAAACUAAUUUUUGUAUGAUAUUCCAUGCGUGUAUGAAAGGGAGACGAGCCAACAGAUAUCGGCAGAAGACUUUGAUAUCGGUCAGCUCCUCGAUCAGGCUGGACGGAAAAUUUUGAUUGGGCGCCUUUAAAGAACAUCGGCCAUUGUUGAUGCUGAAUCGUCAGCUACAGAUUUACAUUUUGCAGAUAUGGCAGAGAGCCCAGUGAGGCUGAAGUCACAGGAGAAAGAUGAGGAGACUAACAAAGGAAGCAGGCCGGAGAACCUUUACACAGAAGGAUAUCAGGAGAAGGUGGACAUGGAGGAAGGUUUGAUAGACACAGUCCUGAUUGACAGGCAGGAGCUAAGCAGAGAUCAAGACCAUUUGGAGCCAGAAAGGGAGUUGGAUCUUAAUAAACCAUCCAGCUUUAUAGACCUAAAUGAAGCAGUGGGACUCCAAGAGUGGCCUGAUGGAUCGCGCUAUAGAGGAGAUGUUUCUUUGGAUCUGAAGCUGGGCCAUGGUGAAUUCACUUGGGUUAAUGGAGAGAGCUACACUGGAGAGUUUUAUAAAGACCACCAACAUGGCAAAGGCAUUUAUACUUGGCCCGAUGGCUCCAAAUUUAGUGGAUCUUUUUACCUUAGCCGAAAAGAAGGCUAUGGAACCAUGGAAUUGCAAGAACACAAGAUAUACCAGGGCUUGUACAAAUCUGAUGUUCGAUAUGGGCCUGGCAUUGAGACCUGCAAUGAUGGUUGCCAGGAUGUAGGCAUUUGGCUUGGACACCACCUCAUAAGAUUAUGUAAUUUAGUGCCUGGGGUUCCUUCUGUGUCUUGUUACCCAGAGCUACUUCAGCAGUCUAAAGGGACAUCAUAUAAACAUGAUUGUCCCACUCCAGAGUCAGAGGAGAAACCGGCAGAAGAUCCUAUGCUGCACAGAUACAUGGUCCUUCUGGAAGAUAACUAUACUCUUCCAGAUAAAAUAUAUUCCUAUUCCACAAACACUGAUCAUCUCCCCCUCACUCCUUCUGAGUGCAAAGACUUUGAUCUACACUUCUACAGAGACCCAGAGCAACCAGACCAAGUUCCGGUUCCCAUGUGUCACAGAACAAUUACUAUCAAUGACAUGGAUGAAAUCCGAAUGCAUGUUCUCAAGCACAGGAAAAGCCCAGAAUACAUGACCUGGGAUAUCAGUUCUAUCGUGAAUGGCAGCCGCGAGAAGUUUGGUCCACGUGGCCCCCGGGAACGUGUCGCUGAGCAGCUUAUUCAGAUGGCUGGAGAAGGGGAUUAUGAUGGUGUUUCCAGGAUUCUGAGACAUGAUUUGGCACAUGUAGAUGUUGCUGAUUUCCAUGGGAAUACAGCUCUUCAUGCUGCUGCUGUCAACGGUCACAAUAAAAUGAUUAACCUUCUCCUGGACAAAGGAGCGGAUGUUAAUAAAUGCAACGACGAGGGCCUUUCAGCUUUGUCCUUGUGUAUGCUGCUUUCCUACAGUGCCAAAUCAUUCCGAGCCAAUGUGGCCGAGAGGAACCUCACACCAUGCGAGGAAUUCAGAAUGGAAGACUUCUCAACUGGCAGUAAUAAAGGAUUGGAUCCCCAACCGAGAUGCACUCAUUGUGAAAACUGCAUGUGUCUCUCUGAUGCUAUCAAUAAGGCCAGUCCUAUGUUAGAAGGUCAAGAAUAUUGUCCAGCCUCACGUUCUCAUAGGGUGGAAGAAAGAAGAGGUACUAUCCGGCUACUUCUCCUCCGGGGAGCAGACCCUAAUAGGUGCGGCGUACCAAUGCACGCCCUCUUCUUUGCAAUAAAGGCAGCUGAUGUCAGUAUCGUACAGUUACUCCUGGAGCAAGGGGCUCAAACUGAUAUACAACUUGGGACAAAGCAUGGAACAAUUACUCCCCUACAUCUGGCUGCAGCACUGCCGGGAGCAGAGGGGGUCAGAAUUACAGAGUUGCUGUUGCAUGCAUCCGCUGACCCUAAUGCUAGAGCAGGAGACAGAGAUUACAUAUAUGAAUAUGACAGGGGUGAACUCCCAAACAGCGUCAUUGGCUUUCCUAUGAAAGGUUUUGCUGAGUCCGGCCUGGCCCUACAUUACUACUUUAAGGAAACAAGUGUAGUCCCAGAGGAAGGAGGACGUACACCACUGCAUGUGGCAUGUGAGAGAGAGGAUAACUAUAAGGAAGCUCGGGAUGUCAUUUAUUUGCUGGUGAACCACAACGCCCACCUUAACCUAUUAUGGAGCGGGCACUCUCCACUUUCGUUGGCAGUGGCCAGUGGAAAUGAUCAGGCUGUGAAAGAACUUCUAGCAAAUGGAGCAGACCCUAACCUGCCGCUCAGUAGAGGAGUGGGCAGUGCCCUGUGUGCUGCCGUCAAUACGGACUAUGAGAAGGGAAGAACAUCACUUGCACGUAUUGCUAUGGUUGACAGGCUAAUUAAAGCUGGAGCAAACAUGCUGAUGCCCAUUACUAUCAGAGGAGGAAGAAAGAGUGCUGUAGGAACCGCCACAGACUAUGCCUAUUGCAAAUAUUUUCAGGAUAAAAGAAUAGCCCAUACUCCCUAUCAUGCGUUGUCACCAGAAGAUCGGGAUACAUUUAAUGCCAGAAAGAAACUUUUGGAGCAUUUAGGGAGCCUCACUCGGGCGGCAGUAACCCAGAAAGAAAAGGAGUGGGCAGAGGAAGUCAUAAUACAUGGUUGCCCAGGGUUGUCCAGAGAUACAGAAGCAUCCAAGAAUAACAGUGACAAACACAAUGAAUCAAACUUACAGUUGCCUCGGAAAGCCUUCUUUAAGUACUGCUACCAGUGUGGGCGUUCUGUUGGUGUCAAGCUCACUCCUUGCUCGCGCUGUCAUUCAAUAUAUACUUGUAGCAAGCAAUGCAAGAAGAAGUCAUGGGAUGAAAUUCACAAAGAGGAAUGUCUUGAGUUUUCAGGAAAACUUAGCUCUAAGCUAUCUGGAGCCAAAGCAAAAAAGAUUGGGCAGAAACCCUCUGAUGUCAUGGGCCGAUCAAACCAGCCAGAGCCAUCAGACAAGAUACAAGACUCAAGUUCAUUCAGCCAAAGGGUGCUGUCCAAUAGAAGGCAUGGAAUGCACAUAGAUGAACACUACCUUGGUGGUAGAAACCUUAGGGUACAAACAGAUAUGGAUAACAAGCUGGAGGCGUCAGGUAGAAGUCACGGGAUACACCCCAGUGGAGAAAGGUUUAUAUAUAGUGAAAACUAUAGUUUUAAUUAAAGGGACAGUCAUUCCUAGAUGCUUCUGUGCAUCUUGCAGCAAUAAGUGAAUAUAUUUACAUAAGAGUUAUACAUAAGCAAUAGGUCCUGUGCUAGGAGGAGAUUAGGUUUCAAUCUCUAUCCUAGUGCAUUGAGGGAUUUAGAGUUUUGUUUAAUGAUCCCCCUCCUUCUCAGUGCUACUUAUGCUCACAGCCCUAAGAUCUACUAGGAUUUCUUUACUAAUAUACUGUAGGUGCCAGUCCUUGUUCGUAGUUGCCAAUAGCAACAAAUCCAGCCUUUGCUUUCAUUUCCAAACUUGUAGCAGACUGUUCAAAAUGAAUUGCUAAUUGGUUGUGUUUGGCAACUGUUGUGCAAUUUAGCUCCCAUGUUAAAAAAUCAGAAUUCAUGAUACACCGUGGAUGCAAUGGACCUAAAGCCGAGUCAGAUGGAAAGGCAUUUGUGUACUUCAUGGGCACUAUUGUAAGAACUGUUCUAAAUGUAUUGAAGAUAAAACCACCGGCACUGCA